AUGGGAAACAAAGCCACCCUUUUGAUCUUUCUCCUUGUUCUUUGUCAUGGAGUGGCUGUAACAAUGGGGUUGUGGAGGACGGAGGUGGAAGAGAGAGAAGAGGAUCCUCCAAGGCCAAACAAAUUGUUCUUGAUGCAAAACUCCAAGGUUGUGGCCAAGACUGAUGCAGGGGAGAUGCGAGUUCUAGAAAGCUAUGGUGGUAGGAUCAUGGAGAGGCGCUUGCACAUUGGCUUCAUCACUAUGGAAUCAAGGUCUCUCUUUAUUCCUCAGUACCUCGACUCCACUUUGAUCAUUUUCGUGCGUCGAGGGGAAGCAAAGGUGGGAUUCAUGUAUAAAGAUGAACUGGAGGAAAGGAAAUUGAAGAUGGGGGAUGUGUACCAAAUUCCAGUUGGUUCUACAUUCUAUUUGGAGAAUAUUAUGGAGGGUCAGACACUUCACAUUAUCUGCAGCAUUGACCCUUCUGAGAGCUUGGGACUAGGUGCUUUCAAGUCCUUCUAUAUUGGAGGAGGAGCUAAUCCAGCCUCUGUGCUUUUUGGAUUCGAGCCUGAAAUCCUUGAAAGUGCUUUUAACGUAUCAGGAGCAGAGUUGAGGAAAUUCUUCACCGAGCAACAUGAGGGUCCAAUUGUGCAUGUGGGUGAUUCACACGUCACAAGCAUAUGGACCAAAUUCCUUCAACUGAAGAAGGAAGACAAAGUCCAGCACCUGAAGAAAAUGGUGCAAGACCAAGAAGAACAAGAUGAUGAUGAUGAUGAUGAUGAUGAUGAUGAAGAAGAAGAGCAGCAAUUGCAAAAAAGUUGGUCAUGGAGGAAGCUCUUGGAAUCUGUAUUUGGGAAUGAGAACAAGAAGGACACAAGGGACAACAAGGGUAGCCAUCAUAAAUCUCCUCACUCUUACAACCUUUAUGACAGAAAACCAGAUUUCAAAAACAGUUACGGUUGGAGCGUUGCUCUUGAUGGCUCCGAUUAUUCUCCACUCAAAAGUUCUGGCGUUGGCAUUUACCAUGUCAAUCUCACAGCGGGAUCGAUGAUGACACCCCAUGUGAAUCCAAGGGCAACAGAGUAUGGCAUAGUGUUAAGAGGGUCUGGGAGAAUCCAAAUUGUGUUUCCAAAUGGAAGCAAUGCAAUGAACACUCAAAUCAAAGAAGGUGACGUGUUCUUUGUACCAAGAUACUUCGCUUUCUGUCAAAUAGCAUCAAGGAGUGAACCGUUAGAGUUCUUUGGGUUCACCACCUCUGCUAGGAGGAACAAGCCACAGUUUCUUGUGGGUGCUACCUCACUUUUGAGGACCAUGAUGGGGCCUGAGCUUGCGGCAGCAUUUGGGGUGACCCAGGACACGAUGCGCCACGUGAUUAAUGCACAACACGAGUCUGUGAUCCUACCCGCUCCACGGGCUGCACAUGAAGAACAGAAUAAUAAGAACAAGGUGGAGACGCUUCCAAAGUUUAUAAUGAAUGGCUUGAUUUUAGGCCUUUGA